UGCCAGCCAUGAAGUUAUCAGUCGAGCUGGAGAAGGGAGCUGGGCUGGGGGAGUGGAGCCCAGGGUUACCAAGGAAGGACAGAGUCCAGACGGAAUCAUAGCAGUUGACAGGAGGAAACGUGUGUAGAAGGGGGCAAGGGUCAGGCCCCAGUGUACAGGGAACCAGAACCAGGGAGUAAGCUCUGGGCUUGGAGGAAGCCCCACCUGGUCCUCAUGGCCUUCCUGGUGUCUGGGACCCUACAGGCGGCUGCACAGUUGGUGGAUGCUUGGGACAGCGUGGGGAGACAGGUAGUGAGAUGCUCUACCUGGCCCAGCCCAUUCCCAACACCCAGCUGGGCUCCAGCCCAGCCCAGCUCGGCUUUUCCUUUCCCAGGGGAAAUACAGUAUGCAGGGUUCAAGGGUAGCCUUGAUACUCAGCAGCCCCGGGGUGUCUGUGACUGCAGUUGCUGCCCUGGAUGGUGUGUCCCAGGCUCUGGGCUUUGAAAACUGUGAGAAGAAGAAGGUCCCAGUCCAGAGCUUCCUUGAGGAGCUGAGUUUGUUCCGGGAGCAGCUGGAUAUCAAGAGGGGUGCUGUGGGGUGUGCCCUUGUGGUUUUGAUGGCCCCCAGUGGGCAGCUAAGGCGGCCACAGCAGCUGGUUCAGGAGCUGAGUCGCUGUGGCGCCUUGCAGGGUUGCCCCAAAAUCUUCCUGUUGCUCUCCAGUGGCCUCAAGGGUGAGUGACUAGGCAGUGACCCCAGUUCUGGGAGGGAAAAGUGAAGGUGGGGGAUGGACAAGAAAGCUGGGGCCUUCUGUCUACCUACACAGCCCUGUGGUGCUUCUCCAC